UUCAGUACUGGCCAGCUCAGUGCUGCCUUUGAGAGCUGGAGCUGAUGUUUGGUUAACUUUGGGCUGAGGAGGGGAUCCUGGUGGUCAUGGGGCUCGUGGCUCUCGUCUUCCUCUGGACUGUGGUGGCGGCAACUCCAGGGAAUUCUCCAGAGAUGCCAGGUCAGGAAGCCUCCUGUAUGACAGAGUGUGCUGGUCCCGGAGGACUCUCUUUCUCCAAAGGCGCCCGGUACAGCUAUCGGUACUCCACCAGCAGCAGCACCUCCCUGCAGGCCACUGGGACCUGGAAGAGCAGUGUGGGCCUGGAGGCUCUGGUGAUUCUGGAUGCUAUCAGCAGGUGCCGCAUGGCAUUGUGGCUCCAAGACAUCCAAAUUAAGUCUUCCCUGGAAUCCAAGGAAGAGCCCAUAAAGGAAUCAGAGAGUCUGAGGAUGACUUUGGAAAAGUUCCCACUUUCCUUUGUGUUUCGUGAUGGAAAGAUUCCCAAGGUCUGCCCCCACCAAGGAGAUCCAAGCUGGGUCGUAAACAUCAAACGUGGUGUCUUAAGUCUCCUUCAGAGCAGCCCUGGAACCACCAUUCCCGAAACCAUUGAUGAGAUCGAUGUCUUGGGAAAAUGCCCUACCACAUACACACGAAAAGGUUCCCGACUCCUGAAGACAAAGGACUUAACCCAAUGUUCUCUCCGACACCAUGGAUUUACUUUUCUUCGGUCAGAGGUUCUUCCAGGGAUGACAUCCUCACAGCCGAGCUUGGUUUCAAAGGUGGAAUGCUACCAGAGUUUCCGGGAAGGUCUGCUAGAGGAGACAAAAUGCACAGAGUCUGAUGUGGUUGGACCCUUCUCUGAGAAAGGGAAUGGUGUGGAGACCAGGACACAGUCCACCCUGAGUCUGCUGCACAUGAAGCCCCAGGCUCCAUCCAACAAAGAUUACGGACAAUUUUAUGUGAGCAAUCUACUGUAUGAGUGGGAAGGUCUGGCCACCCAAACCCAGGUAGCUGAUGUAGCCGAAUCUGUGAGGAAGUUGUGCCUGGCUCAGGCCACAAGUUUUGAGCUGCUGGUGUUUGUCAUUAUCUACAAGGAUGGACCACCAUAG